AAACCAAUUUUGAAAUAAAUCUUAAUAAAGUGAUGUAAAACUGAUUUUAAGAAAUUAUAUAAAAGUAAAACACACUAAAAAAAUACAAAUUAAUUGUUAAUUAAUAAAAAUUAAAAUAAUACCAAAAUAAAAAAUAUUUAUUAAAACUUUAUAACACAAUGUUCCUUAAAAAAAUCACAGCAAUUUAUUUAAUUCUAAGUUUAUUAGAAUUUUUAAUAAUAACAUGUCAAGUUGCCGAAGAAACAAAUUCUGAUGAUAGUGCUACUUAUGUUGAAACACCAAAUUUUAAUAAUUUAAAUCCGAUGUCAACGGAUAUGUCAGAUCCAAUAAUUAAAGAAUUAACAAAACAUUAUGCUGAAUUAUUAAGUAAAUCACAACAAAAUUCUAAUGAUAAUGAUGAUGAUAAUAAUGAUGGUGAUAUUAAUAAUAAUAAUAAUAAUGAUAAUCAAGAACAACAAAAUAAAUCUAUAUCAGAAGAAAAUAAUAAAACAGAUAUUGAUAAUAUAACAGAUACAUUAACAAAACAAAUGACAGCAACUGAAACACCACUACAACAGCAACCAAUAAAAAUUGAUAUACCAUCUCAAUUAGAUGAAUUAAAUGAAACAGAUGAUAUUGAAACAAAUAAAAAAUUUUUAAUAACAACAUUAAUACCAGAUCUUUUAAUGCAAUUAAGACAAGAACAAAAUAGUAGUUCAAUAACUGAAGUUCUUGAAAAAUUAAAUAUAAAUCCAACGGCUAUAUCAUCAUCACCAUUAUCAUCAGUAUCGUCAUCAAUGGAAAAUAGUAAAGAAAAUACAAUGAUUGAAACAAAUGAAAAUGAAACUGAAAUUGCUGGUGAAAAUAAUUAUGGUAAAUAUUAUAAUGAGGAUACAGAUACAGAUACAGAUACAGAUGAUAGAAAUUAUGGUAUUGUUGCUGAUGGUGAAAAUAUAGAUGAUAAUGAUUCUGAAUCAUCUUCAUCAACAUUAUUGGUAUCAGCUGAAAUUAAUGAUACAUCAGAAAUGGCAAAUGAAAUGAAACAAAAUAUUUUUUAUACAGAUGAAAUUGAUGAAAAUAAUUUAUUAAAAGUCUAUAAUCAUUCAAAUGAUUUUACAGAAGGUUUAUUAAGUGAUUUACAAAGUAAAACAAUACAAGAAUUACCAUUACAAGAAGCAUUACAUCAAGAAAAUAUUGCAUUUACAAGUGAUACUGCAUUAAGUGGUAGUGGUAUAAAUAUAAAUAAUGGUAAUACUGUUGAAAAUGAAACAAUAGUAAUAACAACAACAAUUGGUACACCAACAAUAAUACAAAAUACACAACAGCGUGUUAAAAAGCCAAAAAAAAUUAAUUCCGAUGAGAAACCAAAACGUCCAUAUGAGAAAUUAAGAGAUUUUAUUGAAGAUCCAUAUUCAAGAAAUCCAAUUGCUGCUAUUAUUGAUCCAUCAGAAAAUGUAUUAGAAAGAGCAAGAGUAUUAUGGAAGAAUGCAUUGAGACCGAAUACUGAAUUAGAUAUUAUAUUAUUGGCAUUAGUUAAUAGAACCGCUUUACCAUUAAUUUAUCAUUUAAAUAAUACAAGGACAUUUUUAGCUGGUUUAAAUAGUAUGAAAGAAUCAACUGAUUCUGAUCCAUUUUCUGGUGUAUUAAAAGCAACAGAAUUAAUACCAUACGAUAGUGCUGUAUUUAUUUGUGCUGAAACAGUUGAACCAAAUCCAGAAUUAGCUAAUUAUGCUGGUAUUUUAUUAUUAAAGAAACGUAUUAAACUAUAUUUAAUAUGGUUUGGCGAUAGAAAAUCAAAAGAUACAAAUGAACCAGUUGGUGGUAUGCUUGGAAAAAUUGCAUUAAGAUCAGGUGGUGAAAUUAUUUAUAUGGAUGAUAUGAAUAAUAUAGAAAAUAGCUCAAAUGAUUUAGAAGAUAAUAUGAUAACUUUAGUAUCAGACAGAUUUAGCGGAUCACAAGAAAUUGAUAUACCAAUUGAUACAACAGUAUCAAGUAUACAAAUGAAAAUUGAUUCACAGAUGAGAACAGCAACGCUAGAGACUCCUACUGGUGAAACAAUUAAUUUGAAGAAAUUUAUGCAGUUAAAAUCUAAAAAAUUCAUUGGUUCAACAAAAAUUUAUUAUGAAAUUAAUAUACCAUUAGAGAAAAAUAAUAAUUUGGAUCAUUUAAAACUAAAAUUAAUACCAAAUAUUUUAAAUACAAAUUAUUGUUUAUCAAUUGAACUUGAAAAACCAAAAAUGAAUAAAGAAGAAUUUUUAUCAAAAUAUGGAAAUGAAUUCGAUGAUAUGAUUAACUAUAUAAAAAGUUCGGAUCAAAGCAUUAAAAAAUAUAGACAAGGACGACUUGAAAACAAUGUUUUUUCACAUGAAAAUAUACGUUUUCCAUAUGAUAAUGAAACCAUAUUAAAUCCAAAAGAUUUAGAAGUUGAAACUAUUGAUAUAAAUACGAAUGAAACGAAUGAAGCUCAACAAAUUGGUGGUGGUAUUGGAAGUUCAUCAUUAUUUUCUAUUACAAAAAUCGAUUUAGGUGUAACAUCACAAUUAUUAGUUUAUCCAGGAAUGGAAGCACAUAUUGAUUAUGAAGUUACAAAUUUAAGAGAAGAAUCAGUUUUUCAUACAAUUAGAGUUGUUGAUACAAAAUCAUAUUUAAGAGCUGUAACACCAAAUAGCAUAUUUAUACGACCUGGAGAAACAUUAACGGUACGUUUAUUUUUAUUAAUACCACCAGGAGCUAAAAUUGGAACUGUUGAUGAUAUAACAUUCACUUUAGAAGGACAAAAUCAAGUAACACAAUCGGCUCAAUUGAAAAUUAUUUCAAGAGAUGAAAAUCAAGAUCGUAAUCCACCGUAUGUUACAUGGUCAUUUGGAACACGAUGCGAGAAUACAUAUUAUAAUCAACGUGAAUGUAAUUCAAAAUUUUGGACAUUAGAUGUUUUUGCACAAGAUUAUGAAACUGGUUUAUUACGUAUAUCAUCGACACCAAAUGGUAUAAUACCAAGAUCACCAUUUACAGCUGGUACAACAGAACCAGUACGUACUGUAUAUACAUCAAGUUGUUGUGAACCAAGAGUUACAAUAAUGGUAUAUGAUGUAGCUGGUAAUCAAAGAACAUAUACAAUUGAUGUACGUGAUAUUGUAUUAACAGAAGCAUCAAUUGCUGCUAUUGUAUUAGGUGUUAUAUUAUUAAUACUUUUAAUUGGCCUGUUAAUUGGCUUAAUUGUAUGGUGUUGUAAAAGAAAACGUUCAAGAUCAAGAGAUUUGUCCUUUCGUAGUCACCCGGAGAGAGUUAGAUAAUUUUUAAAAAAAAAUAUUUUUCUGCCAUUUUUAGUUCUA